CCCUACGUCACAAUAAUUACCACGAUAAUCCACAAGGUUGCGAGGCGGUGCAAGAAGUGAAAGAGGAGUAUCUUGACUUGCAAUUUGGGAUUCGUUUUAGAAAUGGCAACGAGCGAUUGAUUUGAGCAUGGAACUUUACAGGGACAUCGAAUGAGCCUCUUGGCGCUCAUAAAGUCCGAUGACAUGUACCCACCUCAUUCGCACCAUGUACUCACCAUAAGCUCGCCAUAGCUAUAGAGUAUGAUGCGUGUUAGUCCAGGCCGUCGUAGGGGGGAUGAGAGGGUACUCCCAGUGGAUUUCGUUGCGGCGCAUAUGGCGAAACACGCCAACGUGGCGGAGGAAGGGUUGCUUCAGAUACGACUUAAAGCCAUUGAGAAAGAAGAGAGGGUCGCUCUACGCGAGCUCAAGCGCGAGAAAACCAAACUCGAAAACGAGCUUCACCGACAAGAAGAAGAAUACUUCAACUUGCAGAGGGUGUUCUCGGAUGACACCCUCCUCUCGGUCAGCGACUCCUUUAAGCGGCACAUUCCUCCUGGACCCCCUCCCACUAAGGCGAGGAUCCCCAGGAGAAGGCUCCAGUAUCUGCUGGAUCUUCUCCGUGCCAUGCCGUCUGAGGAGGACGCUAGAGUGAGAAGGAGAAGAAGGCACCUGAGGCACAUCGGAGGCGGCUCAUUCGACUCCAAGAGUAGCGAGGAUUUUUCCAAGACAUCGCAAAAUUUGCAAAGUCAUUACUGUUUGGAUCCGCAGAAGGGGAAUCGCAUCAAGUCGGCGCCGCCAACGCAAUUACGUCGUCAACAAGCCGCAUUGGAAGCGCAAAAUCACCUCAUAAGCGAAGCUUCUAGGAAUGAUGUUCAAAUCGAUGUACACUUGAGUCCUGAUAUUCCCCAGACAAAGAAAUUUGAAAACAUGAAAGAGAGGUUUAAAGCUAAGGAAACUAUUGCUCCACUCACAGCUCCUCAUCGCAGCUUUGGUAAGAGAAUCGUGGAGGAGGCCUGGAACUCCGACAAAGAAGAUGAAGCCCUUGGGCAGACAAAACAGAGCGAUAGCUGGGCAAAAGGCAAUGACCAUGUUCUUAUUGGAUCGCCAGUAAAGGAACGGCACGUGAUGGCUAAACAAGGGGUUUCAAGGGACAAGAAAACGAGGCGGGCAUCUUCUGCGAUUGAGAAUGAACAUGCAAGGCGAAAUAAGUAUGGUCAUCAAAAAGCUCGCGCGAAAUCUGCGAUGGGAGAGCGCAAUAGUCGAGGGGAUUAUGAAGAUCGUAAAGGAAAUGACGCCAGGAGUGGAAUUAAUACAGGUUGUACCUUUUCUCCUGUAAGAUCCAAGGACAAAAAUGUGCGAUCCGACGGCCAGGGGGAGCAAAAAGAGGAAGAAACUCAGUAUAGCCGUCUUUUCUCUGAUACCCAUAGACAAGUCAGCAAGAGCUUCAUUCUCGAGAAUGGAAAGGAGAUCACAAGAAAAGAUAGCGAAGCUGAAUCGACAAAUAUGGAUGCCCGGGAUAAUGGGAGAACAAGUGUGGACGAGAAAAGGGUUAGAAUACUUGAUUAUGUCGAGAAUUCGGAUUCAAAACAGAUAGGAAAUGAUGGAUUCGACAACGACAGGGGUGUUAGUGUCGGUAAAGUAAUAAACUGUGUGGGUAACACUCAAGAGAAAACUGAGUUUGGACCCCAAGAGGAAAGAUGGGUAGGCGAUACCGAGGAAUCUUUAGAGACCAAGCGAGGGAAAUCUAAGAACGAGACGUCGCAUGGUGUGUUUUCCGAAGUGAAAACAAGUCGGUUUCCUCGACGGGGUACCAUCAUUGUCGUAGAUCCAACGAGAAGGCACUCGAUACCAAACGAGAUAAGACCACUGGAGCCUAGAGGAGAGUGCCGCAGACACACUCAUAACCAUAAGCACAGGGUCGCGCCAAAAAAGCGCAAGAUGUCGAGAUUUAAGCGCAAGUCCCUGCAACACGAGCUAUACGGCGAGCAAGUCCGAAUAGAGUGCGACCUGAGGCAGAAGGUUAUGGGUUUUUUAGACUUUGGCGAUCAGGGGCAAGGCGUGGGAGGGGUCGAUCCGAGGUAGACGAUGAUGGGGUUUGUAGACUUGAGCGAU